CGGCGAGAUCAAAGGAAAAGAGCCGGCUGUCCCUUCUGGUUAUAAUUCUGUGCUACUAGGUUAAAAAAAAAUCUGGCAACCCUGGUUAGGAAGGAAGAAGGAAUAGUGUGAAAUAAAUGAAAAAAAUUCUAAAUAAAUUAUUUUCUUUAUAUAUAUUUUUUAUUUGAAAACCGAGUAGUGUAUGCCUAAUGAAAUUAAGUACCGAAUAUAUGUAAAUAUUUCCUUUAUGGAGAAAUGGAUGAAUUGAAUGCCUCCGAAUUAGGAAAAUUAGAUUAUUGGGAAAACUGUUAUGACAAAGAAUUAAACAAUUUUCAUAAUCAUGGAGAUCCUGGUGAAAUUUGGUUUGGUGACGAUAUUGUGAAUAGAAUUAUCCAAUGGAUGGAAAUGUCUGAAUUAGUGAAAAAAGAUUCCAAAUUACUUGAUAUCGGUUGUGGAAAUGGAAUGUUUGUAGUAGAAUUGGCUAAUGAAGGUUUCACAAAUUUGCAUGGUGUAGAUUAUUCUGAAAAAGCUGUAGAAUUAGCAAAGGCUAUUGCUAAUAAACAGAAUCUAAAUAUUCAUUUCUCAACGCAAAAUAUUUUGGAUGGAUUAAGAGACAAGUUUGAUAUUAUUCAUGAUAAAGGAACAUAUGAUGCAAUAAGUUUAAGUGAAAAUGCUUUAGAAAAUAGAAAUGUGUAUAUUAAUAACGUGUAUGAUAGCCUGAACAAUAACGGUUUAUUUAUUAUAACAUCUUGUAAUUGGACUGAAAGUGAACUUAUACAACAAUUCAAAAUGAAAUUUGAAAGUUUUCAUACUAUUCCUACACCUCAAUUUAAAUUUGGUGGUAAAGUAGGAAGUGUAGUGUCUUCUUGUGUUUUUAAACGAAAAUAAUGUAAUCUGCAAGAAUUUCCAAUUCAUUACCUACAAAAUAAACUUAAAUUCGUCUCUUUA